AUGAAUGCUAAAGAUGGCUCUGGUUAUAAAAAUGUGAGGGAGAUAUAUGCUGAUGUAAGGCUGCUUUUUAAUAAUGCAAUGACGUACAACGAUGAAACCCGUUAUGUCCAUCAUAUGGCCAAGAUUUUACUAGAUGAAUUUGAGAAGAAAUGUUCGCAUCUUUUGCCUAAACUCACUAAAUUGGAGGCUGAAUUAUCAAAGGAAGCACACGAGAAUUUGAACAAAAAGCUUGCUCAAAAAGCCACUUAUGCUAACAUGAAUAUGAAAUUAAGCGACGAGUUGUCUAAGGCUGAUAUGGCUUUGAAGAAUCUCAAAUCACUAAUGAUUGUAAAGUGCAAGAAACUGUCAUCUCUGGAGAAAUCUUUACUUGCUGCGGAUAUCACUAAAUUGUCUCCUGAUAACCUCUGCAAGGCAUUAGAGAUAGUUAAUGAGAAUAAUCCAAAUUUCCAAGUUAGUAGGAAAGACGUGACCCUUGAUCUCGACUCUCAGAGCAACUACACAUUGUGGAGAUUGUAUAUGUUUGUGAAAAACACACUAGAACUUCAAUAUGCAUCAAGUGGGAUUACGCACGUAGACAAAAUUGAGGAAAAGGAAGUGAUUGACAAUAUUGAGGAAGAGAAAAAACCCGAUGUCAAAAGGAGGAGAAUGAUGUGA